GGAGUCACUGUAGUAUAAACAGCCGCCGAUGCAAAACUUUUUUUUCUUGACAGACUGCCGACGUGAUGAAACUUCCUUCCCACAUGGCCAUUUUUUUCUUCCUUAAAACUAUUCGUUGAUUUGGUUUCUUUACACCCAAUGACAGAGAAGAGCUGACAUCUUCUUUUUUUUUCUCUCUCACAAAUCAUCAUUAUAUAAAGUAGACUUUGGACUCUGUUUCAAGUCCGAAAAUAUCAGAUUUUCAUUCUCUAACCUCAAAUCGAACCUUUUUUUUCUUGAAUUUUUGGUUUUUUUUUUUGUUGUGAUUUGGAUCAAUGUCGAAGAAUAUAUUGGUGACGGGUGGAGCUGGGUAUAUUGGGAGUCACACGGUGUUACAGUUGCUGUUGGGUGGUUAUAAGACAGUGGUGGUUGAUAAUUUGGAUAAUUCAUCUGCAAUUGCAAUCAAAAGGGUUCAGGAACUUGCGGGUCGAUUUGGGUCUAACCUAUUGUUUUACAAUAUUGAUCUGCGUGAUAAGCCUGCAGUUGAAAAGCUUUUCGAGUCUAACAAGUUUGAUGCUGUUAUACAUUUUGCUGGACUAAAAGCAGUGGGUGAAAGUGUUCAGAAACCUUUGAUGUACUAUAACAACAAUAUUACAGGUACAAUAACCCUGCUGGAAGUCAUGGCAACGCGUGGAUGCAAAAAUCUUGUGUUCUCUUCAUCGUCUACCGUCUAUGGUUGGCCAAAAGAGGUUCCUUGUACUGAGGAAUCUCCCAUAAGUGCUGCAAAUCCUUAUGGAAGGACAAAGCUCUUCGCUGAAGAUAUUUGCCGAGAUGUCUACCAUUCUGACUCUCAAUGGAAAGUCAUAUUGUUGCGGUACUUCAAUCCUAUUGGUGCACAUCCAAGUGGCUGUAUUGGUGAUGAUCCACGUGGAAUUCCAAACAACCUCAUGCCCUUUGUUCAACAAGUUGCUGUUGGCAGGAGACCAGCACUGACAGUUUAUGGAACUGAUUAUCCAACAAAGGAUGGCACUGCGGUACGUGAUUACAUUCAUGUUGUUGAUUUAGCAGAUGGCCAUAUUGCUGCCUUGCGGAAGCUAUUUGAUCCUUCGACCGGUUGUGAAGUUUACAACCUGGGAACUGGGAAAGGAUCAUCAGUCUUGGAAGUGGUGGCAGCAUUUGAGAAGGCAUCAGGAAAGAAAAUUCCACUGGUGAUGUCUGGUCGAAGACCUGGGGAUGCUGAAAUUGUAUACGCAGCAACAGAGAAAGCAGAACGAGAAUUGAAUUGGAGGGCUAAAUAUGGCAUUGAAGAUAUGUGCCGGGAUCAGUGGAACUGGGCCAGUAAAAACCCCUACGGCUAUGAAGGAUCGAAGGAAUCAAAGUGAUAGAGUUCAGUAUGCUCCUUUUAACUGCAUGUUUUUUAAUGGUCCCAUCAUUCCACCUGUUGGUUCGAUUCAUCUUCUCUGCUAAUCACCAACGUGUAGACCAUCAAUCUUUUCUUUCAGAGUAAGGAUUCCGCGUAUAUUACUAGGAUCAUAGAAUGCUCGGAAUAUUUAUAUUUUUCUAACUUGAAGUUCUGAAGCGAGUGGAAUGUUUUCCAUCGCGAAGAAAAAGGGAUAGUUGAUGAAUAAUAGCUCAUUUAGCUGAAAUCUAUAGCGACAUUUUAUUCGUUCUUUUAUUCUUUUGUAACUAGCAGCACUACAAUCAUAUUGUUUAAAGAUUCUAAUUACAUUAUUUAUGCUUUGAUUGAUUAUUUUUGGUUCACUGUAAACCUGUUAAGAAGAAGCAAUGUGGUGGCUUAUUA